UCACAACACCAGCUGAAGUUACCCAACACCGAGUGGAUCUGUCCCUCGGGUCGAGCAUUACCGCCUGCGAUGAUGGACGAAGUCGUGGAGAUCGAACGUAUUGAUCUGUUGUGUGAGGUGAACAACACAGAUCAUCACACAAAGCUGAUCGGUGUGGACAGAUUGAUCGUGAGGAGAGGUCAGCCGUUCACCAUCAAACUACACCUGCGACCGGGAUCUCACUUUCAGAACGGGACCAACGUCAACUUCGUCGCCAAAACAGGUCCAAUACCUUCAGUGGAUGCACAAACCAAAGCAGAAUUUAGCCUUAGUAAAUUCAUCUCGAGAUCAUGUUGGAGUGCAACUUCAGAAACAACGUCUGAAAACACAGUGUCUCUGACCAUAUGCUCGCACCCAAAUGCUCCUAUUGGAGUCUAUAAGCUGAUCCUGGAUCAGGGAGCAGGAAUCAUUCUUGGAGAUUUUGUGCUGCUUUUUAACCCCUGGUGUAAAAGGGAUUCGGUGUACCUGUCAAAUGAAUCAGAGAGAGAUGAAUAUGUCCUUUCUCAGGAUGGCCUGAUCUACCGCGGGACACCCAAACGGAUCACGGCCCUACCGUGGGCUUUUGGACAGUUCGAGCCGGGCAUAUUGGACAUCAGUCUCAAGAUUCUAGAUGAAAACCCCAAAUAUAUCAGUGACGCAGCUCUAGACUGUUCUGAGAGAAAGAGUCCUGUGUAUGUGACACGAGUGUUCAGUGCAAUGAUCAACAGUAAUGAUGAUAAAGGUGUUCUGGUGGGCAACUGGUCAGGUGAUUAUGAGGAUGGAGUAAAGCCGACGGCAUGGAAAGACAGCGGCUCUAUCCUCCGGCAGUGGAGUAAUUCCGGAUUUGGUGGCGUGCGGUACGGACAGUGUUGGGUGUUCGCAGCUGUUGCCUGCACAGUGUCCAGGGCUCUGGGAAUCCCCUGCAGAAUCGUCACAAAUUUUGGAUCGGCACACGACAGUAACGGUGAUCUUUUAAUGGAGCAUUUCUACAAUGAAUUUGAUGAGAACAUUUCUGACGACUCUAUAUGGAACUUUCACGUGUGGGUCGAGAGCUGGAUGACACGAUCAGACCUGCCGCUUGGGUACGAAGGUUGGCAGGCGAGUGAUCCGACACCUCAGCAAAUAAGUGAUGGGGUGUUUUGCUGUGGCCCGGCCCCUGUCAGAGCCAUAAAAGAGGGUGAGCUCACUUUGCACUAUGACGUUCCCUAUGUAUACGCUGAGGUGAAUGCUGAUGUUGUGGAGUACAUUAAACUAAAUGACGGAAGAGUGCUGAAGAUGAGUGGAUCCACUACAGAGGUGGGCAAGUCUAUAAGCACCAAGGCAGUCGGGAGUGAUGAUCGAGAGGACAUCACACACAGCUACAAAUAUCCAGAGGGUUCUGAAGAAGAGAGAAAGGUUUACGAAAAAGCAAAUCACCACAACAGACUUUCUCAGACGGGAGAGGAACCUGGUUUACACAUCAAGAUCAAAGUGAUCCCAGACAUGCAGAUCGGUUCGGACUUCGACGUCUAUGCGGAGCUCAAAAACAACACCAUGGUCACCAAGACCUGUCGAGUCAUGUUUUACGCCCAGGCUGUGACCUACAAUGGCAAACUCGGAGAGACCUGUGGAUUGGGCGAGUUUACCGAAAUGAAUUUAGCAUCUACGGAGGGAGGAAAGGUAACUUUACGACUGGAGUAUGUGGAGUACAGUAAAGCCAUAACUCAAGACAGAAUGAUCAAACUGAUGGCUUUACUCAUUGACGCAGACACACGCGAGUUUUACAGAGCGACAAAGACCAUCAUCCUGGACAGCCCUGAAAUAAUUGUCAAUAUAUUGGGUGUGCCAAAAGUGGGCCAGAAACUUGUGGCAGAUUUAUCUCUGCAAAAUCCACUACCAGAGUCUCUGGAGAACUGCGUGUUCACUAUACACAGUGCCAACUUAACUGACGGCAAACCCAUCACUCACGAGAUUGGAAGAGUUGAUCCUAAAGGUUUCGCCAUCGCCAAAGUGGAGUUUACACCAAAUCUGCCAGGACCAAGAAAAAUACUAAUAGAUUUUGACAGUGACAAACUUCCUAAUAUUCAGACCUUUGAGAACCUCGUCAUCUAUGAAUAAAUG